AUGCACGCAUCGUUCAACGACGAUACCUUUGACUACGAAGUUGCUGUUGUUCAGGUCAUAGAUCACAGAUGGCACUGCGUUCCAUGUAGCGUAUGUGCAUUGGUUGUUUCUGGUUUUCGGGUGUCUGGAUCCCUACUGGGUACGAACGCACGAGCAGUGACCCUCGCCAAUGACAACUACGAUGCACCAGGUGGCCUCGCCGUGACGGUGACUGGCUGGGGAGCCACGUACACCGAUGGACCGUCCGCCAGUAGUCUGCUGAAGGUGGACAUCACCAUCGUGGACCGCAACAUCUGCAAAAACACCUUCGCCAACAUCAACACUGUGACCGACCGCAUGGUGUGCGCCGGCCAGGCCGGCAGGAACGUCUACACUGGAGACUCCGGCGAACCCCUGGUCAAUGGCGGCACCCAAGUGGGCAUCGUCUUCUGGGGGAGCUCAGAGUGCGAAGCCAUCCCCGGUGUCUACGCCAGCGUCGGCAACCUGCGCUCCUGGAUCCGAUCUGCAUCUGGAUUCUAA